CAUCAAAUUAAUUAAAAUUCAACAUCACCAUCAAACUUGAUUUUCGAAAACCUCUUUCAAAAAGAAGAAACACCAAACAUUAUAAACGAUCAUGACUUCUUCUAGAAGAACAUCACUUCCACGAUCCAAUUCAAAUAGAUCUCAAUCUCAAUCAAAUCAAUCACCAUUCUUACCUCCUCCUGCAAAUAAAGAAACGUUUAAAGAUUUACUUAUUUUUGAAGAACGUUUGAAACAAAAUUCAGAAAGAUUACAACGUCAAAGGAUCAAAUAUGAAGCUUUUCUCUUUUCACUCAUCAUUGUGACUUUUCUUUUGGCUUACAAAUCGUUUGUAGCUGUUUCACCCUAUAAAGUCUUUCAUUAUUCUUAUGUUGGACUUCUUUUAGUGGCUAUUACUACUCUUAUCCUUUUCUUUGCAACUGGAAUGUACACAGAUCAAAUAGCUUAUGCAUAUAAGUUUAUUCCACAAACCAAUCGAGCCUUAAGACCGUUUAAUAUGUUUUUAAAUACACCACCUACCAGUUCACCUUUAAAGAUGUUUGUUUCACCCAAAGAACCCAAUGGGAAUCUAGUUCCAGCUUUAAUGAAUCCGAGAGGAGAAUUAUUAUUUUCGUCUAAAGUCUCGAUACCAUUUAUUGAUGGUUACGAAAGCUAUCGAAACGAAUGGGAAAGAAGAAGGUUACCUAAUUCGAAUGGGACUCGGACACUGAAGAAAGUUAGUUUGGGGGAUCGAGAAGGAACAGAAGAAGUGGAUGAAAAGUUAAAGUCGGUGGGGCAGAUGAGGUCUAGAGAAUCUACACCUGAUCUUUUGGUCGAUGAAGUCGUUUCUAAUGAUGAUGAAGAUCGGAAUUCGUCUAUUACUCAUCUUGGGUCUUCUCCUACUGAACUUUCGGUUAGUUCUUCAACCGAAUCUGAUGGUCUUGGGGAAUGGUCUACUGUUAGAAGAUGAACAUUGGCUUUUGCUUCUUUAUUCCUCUUCCUUUUUUUUGAUCGUUAUUCAUCAUGCAUUAGUUACUUUUUUGCCUUUUGUAUCUUGUUUUAGAUAUCUAUGGUUUUUUGUUUUUCGUUUCUUUUGUUUUCUUUUUGUUUGUUUGUUUUAAUGAAUGAGAUGGAGUGAAAAAGGAUUUGAUACUUUUUCUUUUGUAAAAGUUUUUUCUUUCCUUAAUUUAUUUUUUCCCCUCAUCAUGAUAUAUCUCAUUCAAUUAAUUCUUUCAAUGUUCAUUUUUCUUUUUGAUGGAUUGAUGGAUUGAUUGGUUGAUUGAUUGAUUGAUUGAUUGAUUGACAAUUGUUUUUCUUUUAAAAUCAAAAUAAGAAAAGUAAUUUGUCUUACAAUCUUGAUUGAUCUUUUUAAAAAGGAUAAAAAAACAUGCUCAUUCAUAAAAUGAUAUCUUUUCUUCCUUUUUUUCUAGAAAAGUUGGUAGAAUUUUAUUUUGAUUCAUCUUUGAAAUUUGAUCUCUUCAAAUAUAUAUAUAUGCAUCAUUUGUUGUUGUAUCACAUGAAUUGUUUUGGUUUUGUGCAAGGUAUUGAUACAUAUUUUUAUGCCUACUGUAAUUAGAAUUGAUGAAUUUUUUUUAACUUAUAAUGAAAAUCAAGAAAUGAUUAUGUAUCAAUCUUUACAAUUAUUCAAGUUGAAAAAAUAAUUGAUUUGAUAUUAUAAAUACUUAUGUUUAAACUAG